AUGGCGGCCAUUUCGCCAAACGGCGCCCCUGGCGGUGAGGCCAUUCUGGCGAGAAUUCACGAAGCCCUCAAGGUCGUACACAGCCCAUAUUCUGCGAACCAGGCACGACAAGAAGCCCAAUCGUUCCUCGAGGAAGUGAAGACGCUCGGCGACGCCCCAUCCCACGGAUACAACCUCGCCUUCGACAGGUCACAAGCUCCAAUUGUCCGCCACUAUGGCCUGUCCCUCCUCGAGCACGCCGUGAAGCACAAGUGGUCGGAAUACAGCAUCGAGCACCAAGCCUACCUCCGCAACUGGGUCUUGCAGCUGUCCGAGUCCGUCUCGAGAGAAGACCCGUCAUAUCUAAGAAACAAAACUGCCCAGUUGUGGGUAGAGAUAGCCAAGAGAUGCUGGGCUGUGGAGUGGAUGGACAUGGACGAGCUGCUUGUUCGCCUCUGGAGAGUCCCAGAAUCCCCAGUUCACAAGCAAUUUAUCCUACAGAUCUUGGAAACACUGUCCGAGGAAAUCUUCAACGGGGACGAUUCGGUUGUAGCCCUCCGCGAAGGAGCACUCAGCAAGGCUUGCGUCGAAAUAUUCACCCCUGCUGCCGUCCUGACCGAAGCCUUUCCCAACCGCCAGGUGGGCCCGAAUGUGCGGUUUGAAGAGGAAGGGUGGCUCAGUAGGAUUACACAGUUCGUCACCGACUGCCUCAACAGCGGGGCCGUCGAGCAAAACGAGGAUGCUGCGGCCUGUGUCGUGAAAGCCCUCAAGGUUCUCGCUUCAGUCAUGGCCUGGGCUGUUCCCAAAGCAGUCAAUGCGGUUGGCAGUCGCCCCGUUCUAUGUCGCUGCCUUGCGACUCCCAAUGUUUCUGUACAAAAGGCUGCACUCGAGGCCCUCCAUGCGCUCUACAACCGUACAAUGUUCACCGAUGAGGACUUUAUCGAUCUUGUUGUGCCAAUGUAUGGCGAAGACGUGGUGGAUUUGUUCAAGCGGCUCUUCGAGUGGUCUACAGUUGACGCCCAGGAUAUCGACGAUGACAAGUAUACGUUCGCCAAGAAGUUCUCCGAGGCAAGCCUGCACCCUCGGACAGUAUGUUCGCUGGCCAACUACCUGGACCGGAAGUUUGCGGCCAUCCCUCCUCAAGUAAACGUGCAGGGGUUUUUUCAACUCCUUAUGUUGGUAGUGAAGAGUCAAAGUCUCGUCGUUUCGAUCCCCGUCUUGGUGAGUUGGACUCGUCUUUUGAGCCAUCGCACUCUGGGGCCGGCGGCUUCGAAUAUGCCAUUCAUCCCAGAUCUUCUUGAGUUGUGCAGCAGCCGUCUCAUACGGUAUGAGAACCUGCCAGAUGAUACCGAUGAUCCAACAUAUGUAUUGCUUCUCGAGGACACAGACACGCUUCCCGAGCGACAUGCUUUCCUCGGAAAUUAUCGUCGUUACAGUUGCCAGGUCAUUGAAAGCAUCGUCAAUCUUCGAUUGUCCGAUGCCUUCUCACAUAUCCUUGGAAAGGCAGAGGCUGCCUUCCGGACACUCUACGACGGGCAACCGCCUCUCAAUGCUGCAAACUACUCCAAAAGCUCAGUUCCUGUGUUGACAGUGGAUACACACGCUACUGUCAUCGAAACAGCACUUAGGGGGUAUAUCAAGUGGAGGUCUUCACCUAGUAGGUGCGAUUUAAAGCUAACCUGCCUGAAACAAAAGGAGCAAAAGGUUGCGGGCAUCGAGGACCACUUUGAGAAAUGGUGUGGGCAGCUCUUGGAAAUGAAAUUCGAGGACCCUCUGAUCAGGAAGCGUGUUCUCCAGCUUCUUGUGGCCUUUUCUACGACUGCUCUUGACUCUAACCCGGGCUUCAUGUUGAGAGUGCUUGAGCACAUCUUGAUGACUUGGCCAGCUUUGCAGCCCGACCAUAAGCUCCUCAAUGAUGCUAUUCGAGAUUUGCAAAACGAAAGCAUGAUUGAGCUGCAGCGGCUCGCCUCCAAGAUGCCCGACCACUUAUUAGAUGUGUACGACCAACUGGAAGCCAAGAUCAAAGAGAUGAUAGCAUCUGGUACUCUGGAUGAGAAGCGCCAGAUUGCAUACCAGAGUUUUCUUUUCAUCAUCAUUCACCGUUCCACCCGAAUUGACCCAGGUGUGCGCCUACAGAGACUAUCGUCUUUCAUUGAGCCUGUGAGGAACCAAUGGAAAGAUGAGUCACUCAAACAAGCACUCAGCUCGUAUGAUGGGUUCUGCCAGCUACUCGGCCUGGACAGGGCGCAAAGGUACUUGGCCCAGCGCCGCAUCCACGAGGUUGCCGACUGGGGUGCGGCAGAUCUCGACGCCGAGGGCCUUGCUCUCCAGGUGGAGUUGGAGCAAAGACAGACGAUGCUGCCCCUGCGGAUGACCAAAUCAUUCUUAACUUACUCCGUCGAGAAACUGGAGAAGAACUCGCCCCCCUAUCAAGCAUCAUGUGCUCUUUGGCAGGACAGCUUCCCGCUUAUUCUCCCAGAGUUGCUCAAGUUCUUGAGUUAUGCACAUGCGUCUCACAAUCCAAAGAACUGGAGCCAGCUGCCGGUAGAGAUGCAAUCGGUCGCCACCCGUGUCCUGACCGAUCGCUUUUGGCAAGCCGGUAUCUCUGAAGGGAGUAAGGAUGACUUCUAUGCGCGGGUCCUUGGCAAAAAGAGCACGCUUGAGGGCCUGGCCUCGACUAUUCGUGGCUCUGUCCGGUUCGUGCGGGAGACGUGCUAUGCUAUCAUAUACUGCAUGAGUCGGCUCGACAUGCAGUUCUAUGGCUUCCUCGAGCUCCCGGGCCCACUUGCCAACGCACUGUUUGCAGACUCGUUCUGUUUGUCAGCGCACCAGAUCAUCAACUUGCUGAAUCUGGUCAGGUACCUGGUUGACCACUGUCCAGUAGAGCUCCGAGAACACUUCCUGCCUCCCAUUCUCGCUACCUGUUUUGAGCAGAUGGAUACCAAGAUCACAUCAGAAUGGGAUAAGUUGGGCCAGCGAGAGGCUGUACAGGCUGGCGGAGAAGAGUUGACGGAGGAGAUGAAGGCUGAGAGUAUCCUCCGGCAACUCACAUAUUCCGCCGUGUUGAUGGUAGCCGAUGUUCUUGACCCAUCCCGAAUCUCUGGUCCCGUGGGCAAGGUGGAAGACGGAACGCCUGAGAAGAAGCUUCCUUCUCUCCGCAAAUUUUGCUUGAUGAACUCGGCCAUUGCGGUUCCACUAUUGGUUUUCUGCAGCCAUGCCAUCAAGAUGCACGACGGACGAUGCUGCGGAGUGGUACUGCGCGUUUUCAAGUCCAUCGUGCCCGAGUUCCACCGUACGGACCAACCCAAGGCCCAUAAGGAGGGUGGAAGCACAGCGCCUUUGGAUGACGGCUUCCCAAUUCCAGAGGAGAGUGCCAGGGAGAUUCGCGAAUUCAUCUCUGCUGAAGUUUUGAAGGCCGCCAUCACAGCGCUCCACGAUCCAUAUUUUGUCGACUCCCAAAAGGAUAUUGGAUCUCUGAUUGCGCAUAUUCUUGCGCACUAUGCCUCCCUGACGCCAACUCCACGGAACAUUCUUGUGCAGUUGCCGGGAAUCAGGGAGGACCAGGUUGAUCAGACAAUUCGCUACGUUUCUGGACCAGGCGUGCAUUCGAGGCAGCAGCGAGCCAUGGUGUUGGACCUGCUUCGAGAUCUCAAGGGCGUGAGCAUCUCCGAGAUGGGCAAACUCAACAAGAGCCUAGGUACCCCGUCGCGAAGCAGCAAGUCCAAGCGGAGCAAGAUGGCUCAAGAGUUCAUGACUCCAGUGGACACAACACAUGGUGGAAAUCCCAGUGACGGAACCGGAAGAGGCAAGACACCCGAUCUGGAAGGGGUAGCGGGCAUGUUCGAUGAGCCUUAG